AUGGGAUCCCCGUUGGCUCCUAUUUUAGCUGACGUGUUUAUGUCAAAACAAGAAACACGUAUCGAAGAUAUGACAGAGAACAAGCCUGUCGUUUAUUUGAGGUACGUCGACGACGUUUUUUGUGUAUUUCCGAAAGAAGAAGAUGCGGAAAAAUUCUUGCACACUAUUAAUAUCUGGCAUGACAAUCUGAAGUUCACGAUUGAAAGAGAGAAGCAAAGAAGACUGCCAUUUCUCGAUGUUAUGGUUAUUGGUGAUGAUGUGAAUAAAGCCUACGAGACUAGUCUUUACAAGAAAGCCACAGAUACCGGCCUCUACUUGCUUUUCGAGUCGAAUCAAUGUCGACGUUAUAAACUUGGUUUAAUUAAAACUCUAACAGUCAGACUUCUUCGCAUUUGUUCCUCACCAGAGAACCGGUGCAUCCAGCUUAAUUGCCUUAGAGAAAAUCU